UUCUACUAGUGGUUUUCAUUGAAACUGGUCACGUGCAGAGGCCCCUUGUCCUGCACUUGUGCUCCUGCCUGAAGGGACUCUUAACCGGGGCGCCUGGCACCUAGGGGUGCCUUGAGAUCCUUGCAGGGGCGCUGCCAAGCACCGAGCGGUGCUGGCGCUGCUAGGUGUGCAAAUAGGAUCUGCAAGAGAAGCCUGUAAAGUUCAAAUCGUGUUGGGCUUCCUGCGUUCUUCGCAACCAAACGCUGCUCUUUGGCUUUUCUGGAGGGCGAAACAGUGGAAACGAAGAGCUGGCGUUUGCCCAGGGAUGUCACGAGUUUAAAAAAGGCCGAGAACCGCUGGUUUGAGGCACUUUCAGCCACUUUCAGCUGUGCCUUGCCUGACUGGUCGUGCUGGUUAGAGCAACCUUGAGGCUGCUCUAUGCUCUGCUUCCUGGAAAAGCAGCCAGGACCCCCUUUCAGCACGCUCCACCCUCACCCCGUGCGCCACGCAGCAGCGGUGGAAGGGAUGUAGACCCCUGCGAUGGUUGUCUGCUGGCCAUGGAGGGGAUCCAGGCCAGGAUGCGUUGCUAUCUAGCAUAGGGCGUUUCUGUGCCGGCAGACUGGCACCUAGAGGCCUUCAGCAUAGGGCAUAGGGCCCUGUUCCUUUAAAAUCAAUUUGCAAGGCAAUCCAACUCAACCCCUCCAAGGUAAGGCCGUGCCCUUUAUAUCUGCCAAUGAGGCAGCAGGAAGGCAGAGGCAGCUGCUGCAGCGGGCUGAGCUCAUGUCUAUAAAUACCAGGCUGGAGAGCUGGCCCUUUCUGGUCAUGUGGGCUCCCCUGAACUUCACACUCCUUUGGUCCAAACUCUUCCUUUCUGCGUCGCUUGCUUUUGCCGCCGUUUUCUUUUUCCUCACCUUCUUCCCCUUUUCCCAGAAAAGGAAGGAGCUGCCAGCUAAGAAAAAGAUGCAGCCACAAGAAAGAAACGAGCACACGUACAGCCUGGGGACCGGGAAGGCCAUCGCCGUGCUGACCUCAGGAGGAGAUGCUCAGGGCAUGAAUGCAGCUGUCCGGGCCGUAGUCCGAGUGGGCAUCUACACAGGCGCCAAGGUCUAUUUUGUUCAUGAGGGUUACCAGGGGCUGGUCGAUGGAGGUAACAACAUCAAGGAGGCCACAUGGGAGAGCGUGUCAAUGAUGCUGCAGCUGGGUGGCACCGUGAUCGGGAGUGCCCGGUGCCAGGAUUUCCGCACACGCGAAGGCCGCCUCAAAGCUGCUUGCAACCUGGUGAAGAGAGGCGUCACCAACCUGUGCGUCAUCGGUGGCGACGGCAGCCUCACUGGAGCUGACACCUUCCGGGCCGAGUGGAGUGGCUUGCUGGCAGACUUGGUGAAGACAGGUGGCAUCACGGCGGACGAGGCGAAGAAGUCCAGUUUCCUAAACAUUGUGGGCAUGGUCGGGUCCAUCGACAAUGACUUCUGUGGCACUGAUAUGACCAUCGGCACCGACUCUGCCCUGCACCGCAUCAUGGAGAUCGUGGAUGCCAUCACUACCACAGCCCAGAGCCACCAGCGGACAUUCGUGCUAGAGGUGAUGGGCCGGCACUGCGGCUACCUGGCUCUGGUGACCUCUCUGGCCUGCGGCGCUGACUGGGUGUUCAUCCCUGAGUCUCCCCCUGAGGAUGACUGGGAGGAACACUUGUGCAGGAGGCUCACUGAGACCAGAGGCCGGGGGUCACGGCUGAACAUCAUCAUUGUGGCUGAAGGUGCCAUCGACAAGCAUGGGAAGGCCAUCACUUCAGAGGACAUCAAGAGUCUGGUGGUGAAGCGCCUGGGCUAUGACACGAGAGUCACCAUCCUCGGACACGUGCAGCGUGGCGGGACACCCUCCGCCUUCGACCGCAUCCUGGGGAGCCGGAUGGGGGUAGAAGCUGUCAUGGCCUUGCUGGAGGGGACUCCCGACAGCCCAGCGUGCGUUGUCAGCCUGUCCGGCAACCAGGCUGUCCGCCUGCCGCUCAUGGAGUGCGUCCAGGUGACCAAAGACGUCACGACUGCGAUGAAAGAGGGCCGGUUCGAUGAUGCCGUCAAGCUGAGGGGAAGGAGUUUCCAGAACAACUGGAACGUGUACAAGCUGCUGGCCCAUGUGCGCCCACCCUCCACCAAGAGCGGUUAUAACUUGGCUGUGCUGAAUGUCGGUGCCCCAGCUGCUGGCAUGAAUGCGGCUGUGAGAUCGACCGUCAGGAUUGGGAUCAUCCACGGGCACAGGAUGCUGGCGGUGCACGACGGGUUCGAGGGGCUCGCGGAAGGAAAGGUGGAGGAGAUCGGAUGGGCAGGCGUCGGCGGCUGGACUGGGCUGGGCGGAUCAAAGCUUGGGACAAAAAGGACCCUGCCUAAGAAAUACUUUGAGCAGAUCAGUGCAACCAUCAGUGAUUUCAGCAUCCAUGGGCUGAUCAUCAUCGGGGGCUUUGAGGCUUUCACCGGGAGCCUGGAGAUGAUUGAUGGCCGGGCCAAGUUCGAGGAGCUGUGCAUCCCUAUCUGUGUGAUUCCAGCCACUGUGUCCAACAACGUCCCUGGCUCCGACUUCAGUAUUGGUGCGGACACUGCCCUCAACACCAUUACCAUGACCUGUGAUCGGAUCAAGCAAUCUGCAGCCGGCACCAAGCGGCGGGUCUUCAUCAUCGAGACCAUGGGAGGUUACUGUGGCUACCUGGCCACCAUGGCUGGCCUGGCCGCUGGCGCUGAUGCAGCUUAUAUCUAUGAAGAUCCCUUCACUAUCCGGGACUUACAGAUCAACGUGGAGCACUUGACUGAGAAGAUGAAGACCACGGUCAAGAGAGGCCUGGUGUUGAGGAAUGAGAAGUGCAACGACAACUACACCACGGAUUUCAUCUUCAACUUGUACUCGGAGGAAGGCAAGGGCAUCUUUGACAGCAGGAAGAAUGUGCUGGGACACAUGCAGCAGGGCGGGACCCCAACACCCUUUGACAGGAACUUUGGCACUAAAAUGGGCACGAAGGCCGUGGCCUGGAUCACUGGGAAGAUCAAGGAGUGCUCCCGGCAUGGGCGCAUCUUUGCAAACACCGCGGAUUCAGCCUGUCUCCUGGGCAUGCGUCGACGGAGCCUUGUCUUCCAGCCACUCGCUGAACUCAAAGAGCAGACAGACUUUGACCAUCGCCUCCCCAAAGAGCAGUGGUGGCUCAAGCUUCGUCCCAUCUUGAAGAUCCUGGCCAAAUACAAGAUUGACUUGGAUACCUCAGAGAAAGCUCACUUGGAACACAUCACGCGCAAGAGAGUAUCCAUGGAGUCCAACAUCUAAGCAGGCUGAGGGGAAGCUACACAGCAGGAACACCUGGAGAUCUUGCAUUUUGUUUUUUUUUCAUUGCUUCAGGGACCUCUGAAAUAAAUUCUUGCUCACUUCCCCACCUCUGCAGGCAACAGCCUUGCUUAUAGGUAGGAGAGACUGCCACAACCACGUGUGCAAAGGGAAACAACGGAGACAGCAUCACACCCCAGUAGAUACAGAUGCCUGGAUUUAUUGGUUGUAGAGCAAUUGUGACACAGUUCCUGGUGCUGAUUUAUAGCUUCUCCUGCAUGAUUGAAAUGGAUGUUCAGGCUUUUAUUUUUAUAUAUCCAAGUUAAUCUUCCUAAAACACUACAAGUAAUUUGUUUUACUGUUCUGAAAACACACCGUGUUUCUCAACUGCCUCCUGUUACAGCUGGAGUCUGAAGUGACACAAAAAUAAAUGCUACAGGUAGAA